CUCGCUGUAAACUCAGGACUUCUUCUGACGCAGCAUGGGGAAUAUGAAGCUCUGUCUAUUGCUGCUACUUGGGACUUAUGCAAUAGCCCAGCAAGAAAUUGAGUCAAAUUCUCAUCCAGAAUGUCACUUAUCUAAAAGAUUUAAGAUCUACAAACAAUAUACAUAUCAAUAUGAAGCUGAGAUCCAGAACAGGGUGACUGGGACUUCCCCUCUCAUGAAUGGUCCCAAAAUCUCCUGCAAGGUCGAAAUUGAUGUGCCUGUGGCAUGCAGCUUUGAGCUCCGUACCAGUGAGUGCUCCCUAACUGAGGUGGUCGGAACGGAUGCAAAUGGGGCACCCGUCUAUGCACCUGCUGCUGACGCCCAAGCCUUUCAAGCAGCCAUAGAAAAAAAUGUACUGAAGUUUGUAAUUGAGGGUGAGACAGGUGUGACACUCUAUCCUGAGGGAGAUGAAACCAACAUCCUGAACUUCAAGAGGGGUAUCAUCUCUGCUCUGAUUGUUCCUGUCAUGGAGAAGGAGGAGAGCAAAGACAUGGUUACUGUCCAUGGAAUCUGUGCCACUGAUGUCAAGGUCAACACCAAGGAAGAUAUUGCCACUGAUGUCACCCUCACUAGGGACCUGUCAGGAUGUGAUACUUUCAAAACCCAAAGAAGCCUUACCAGCCCUCUUGCCAUCAUCACUGGUUUGCAAUACCCUCUGUCCAAGCUGAUUGGCAGUACCCAGACUUGCAACUAUAAGUUCGACAACCAGAAGAAGCACAUGACCUCUGCUACGUGCACAGAGAAGCACAUAUUCCUUCCUUUCUCUUACCAGAAUACGUAUGGUAUUUCUUCUCUUGUUAAACAAAUCCUAACUCUUGAGGGAACCAGCAAGAUUAAUGACAGAGUUUUUGAUUAUCGUUCUACUUACCCCAAACACUUGGCUCUAGAGGCAGUGGAGGAUAAAGCCCCAGCCCAGACCUCCGAGGCUCUGCUGUUCAUCUUCAGGGAGCUGAAAUCCAUGAACGAAAAGCCAGAUCGGCAGCUGAGGGCCAGCACUUUCCAGAGUUUGGUGUCUGAACUCCGUGGACUCGAGCAUGAGGUUCUGAAGCAGACCAUUACUCAGAUGGUGGAGGAGGACAAGUUCAUGACCUGGCAGGCCCUGAUUCAGUGUGGCACCCCAGAGUGUGGCAGCGCCAUGUUCAGUAUUCUGAAGACCUUUGAAACUGGUGCCAUUGAGGUAGAUGCUGCUGUCUAUGCUCUAGGAAUGAUGCUCAGACCUACUGGCCUCUUGGUGAAAGACAUACUGGAGAUUGCGCAGGCCAAGAAGAGCAAGCCAAUAAUGUAUGCUCUCAGCAAUGUUGUAAGGAGGCACUUCCAAGCUGAGGGUCAGCUCACGUCUGAGAUUCUUGAGGUGUCUAACUUCAUUAACUCCAUCCUUGGUGCUGACUGUGCUGGCGAGAAAGAUCUGACCUACUUGACCUUAAGGGUGAUUGGAAACAUGGGCGAGGCUAUGGAAGCAGCUGAUCCCAACAUAAAGACAACUCUGCUUAAGUGUAUGAGACAGCCUGCUACCACCCUGUCAGUCCAGAUGUCUGCUAUCCAGGCUUUCAGACGAAUGUCUGUGACUCCUGAUAUCCGUUCCAGCAUUCAUAGAGUGGCCCUUUAUGUCAAAGGUGCUGUUCAGAAGAGAUUGGCUGCAUAUCUUAUCUUGAUGAAAAAGCCAGAAGCAAGUGACCUGGAGGUUGUGAGGAAGAUCCUUACCCAGGACCAGAAUGUGCAAGUCAAGUCCUUCGUGGCUUCUCAUGUCUACAACAUUAUUCAUUCCAGGAAUCCUGAAAUGAAAGAGUUGGGCAAAACAAUAGUCAAGGUCAUGCAGGAUGAUGAGGUGCUUACUCACUCAAACUACACUCAGCUCUCUCGUAACUAUAAGAUGGAUGUAUUUAUGCCAGGCAAGGAUGUCAUGGGCUCCAAUAUGCAGGGAAGCAUCAUCUUUGAUCCCAGCAGCCACUUGCCCAGGGAGGUUAUGCUUGAGACAACCCUGAAAGCCUUCGGUUACAACCUUGACUUCAUGGAGAUUGGCAUGGAGGGCAAAGGAUUUGAGCCAACUGUUGAGACUCUCUUCGGAAGCAAUGGCUUCUUCCCUGAUUCGAUUUCCAAAGCAAUGUACUGGUUUGGGGACAAAAUGCCAAACAAAAUCAAUGAAGUUCUUCAAGAAUGGGUUGAACCCCUGAGAACAGAAAAAACUAAAAGACAGGUUCCUGAGAACAUUAUAAGGGAAAUGGUGCGGAACUUCAAUAAGCUUGCAAAGGAUCUAUACAACCAGGACUCUCCAGAGGCUAUAGCUUACUUAAGGAUCAUGGGGAAUGAGUUGGGAUACAUCAAGAGCACCAAUGACCUGUCAGCCGUUGUUGACAGGAUGGCCACGUAUAUUCAGGCCUUCAAGUACUCACCUGCUUGGAUUACAAAAGCCUUGAUGUCUGGAGAUCAGAGCAUCUUUGCUCACUACAUCUUUAUGGAUAAUGAGUUCUCCCUUCCAACUGCCUCUGGAUUUCCCCUUAAGUUUGCUUUGUCUGGGACUUUUGCACCUGGUGUUGAGGGUGGUCUGCGUAUGGAGCCUGGCAGGGGUGAACUGUCUUUUUCACCCUCCAUGGCAGUAGAAUUUGUUACCCGUAUGGGAGUCCACAUCCCCAAAUUUGUUGUCUCUGCCGUGGAAAUGCACACUAAUAUGUUCCAUGAGAGCUCUUUCAAUGCCAAGAUCACUAUGGGUGAUGGCCAAAUAAAGCUGUCUAUCCUGCCACCCAAGAGCACUACCGAACUCUUCAGAGUCAGCAACAAGUUAGUGAUGGUGUCCAAAACACCGGUUACACUUGUUCCUGAGACAGGUGACAGAACUGCCAUUGUGAACUGCAGCCCCCUUAUUUCUGGAAUCAAUUACUGCACCACCAUACUCAACUCUAGAGCUGAGAGAAAUUCUCCAUACUUUCCUCUCAAUGCAGAGUCCAGUUUUGUUUUGGGUAUCCAACCCACUGGUGACAUCACUGAGUACACUGCAGCCUUUGCCUACGAACUCUUGAACGAGGGCAAGGAAGGCCGCCAGAAGGUUGAUUCUCUGAAAAUUAUUUUGAAAGCAGAAGGUGCUAAGGCCACAGAGGCAACUGCCACUAUUAAGUACAACAGGAACAAGAAUAUUCUCACGACCAGCAUUGAAAUUCCUGACUAUGAUAUUGAAGCCGGAAUUAAAGUUGGUGUCACUGACAACCUUGCAAAGGGAAAGAAGUUCACCAUUGAUAUCUCCAACAAAAACAUUAACCAGUUUUCCCUAACUAGUCGUGCAAAGCUUGAGGCCAUGAAUGAUGGCUUGCUGGAAACUCAGUUGAUUGUGCCCUCACUUAACACUGAGGCCACUCUUACUGCCACCAUGAAUUGUGCUGACGAUUUGACUCUGGAACUCAAGAGUAACAUCAAGCUCCCAGAGACUAACUCUGUGCAGAAGAUUACCUUACAAUAUGCUAAAGAUGAGAUGAAGAUUGAGAUAAAGUCUGACAUAGACUCCGAGAUCCAGAAGCUGAUACCUAAUGCAGCACCUCUUCAGAGUCGCCUAUAUCAGGCUUUUGAUAACAUCAUGGAACAUAAAGUUGUCAAAACUGACAUGAAACUUCGUCACAUUUCGUCAAAACUCUGGGAGGCUUACCUCAUUUGGAUGGACAAGAUUGCUUCCGAUGUGCCCUACCUUCAGACACUAAGAGAGAGCAUUCCAGAGCUGGUUAUUCCAUCUUUGCCUGAGAGGGUGUUCAUGAACAUAGAGAGCAUGUUCAAAUACAAGUUCAACAAAAAUUGUGUCACUUUCACCAUUCCUUUGCCUCUUGGUGGAAAAACAUCUAAGGACCUGAGAAUUCCUCUCACCAUGGCCACCCCAGAACUAGCUAUGCCACAAAUUGGUGUAAUGCUGCCCUCUAAACAGUUCAAUCUACCAACCUUCUCCAUUCCCACUAGCUAUGACCUCUCAAUGCCUCUUCUAGGAAUGGUAGAGGUAUCAGCAAAAGUGAACACUAACUUUUAUGAUAUAGAGGCGGUUUUCUCUGGUGGCAACAACACUGUCAAUGAGCUCAGCUACAUUGCAAGCUACAAAGUUGUUGCUAACAGUCCUGUGGAACUUCUUGCUUUUACUGUGGAAGGAUCUGCACAAAUUGCUGACAUUACAGAGGACAUUGCGAAGUUCGACAUAAUUUCUUCCCUGAAACAUAAGCUCAUAGAUGCACGCUUCAGUCUAAUGGAAACAUCCAAAAUCACAGAUGAAGCAACAGUGAAAGCAACAGGAAAUUACAAGAUUGAGGCCUUCAGCCCUAUGGGUAUGCAGAUUUCACUGGUAUACACAACCCAGGUUUCUGUUUCUUCUGAAAUCACAGGAGAUGGCAGUUUAGAUGGAUCACUAAAAGUAGGAUCAAUAUCUGCUAGAACUACUGCCACACAAGCCUUUGUACUUCAACCCAAAACCAGAGAGGCAAGAGCUGAAUCCACUUUCAGGUUAAACUGCCCCGUUUUCCAAAUCCUAAACAAGAUGAAAGCUACAGCAGCCAGUGGAGAACUUUCAUUUGAGUUGAACACUGACAUAGAGAAUGACCCAUUCCACCACACCACCAAGUUCAACAUUGAACUCAAGGAAGCUAAGUUUACCAUUAAGUCUGAUUCUGUCACCAGAGCUUAUGAGACCAAGCUUCAAAUCCAGGUAGAUUUCUCUGCAACCAUGAAGGAGGUCACUAUCAGGAUUGAGUCCCAGGCUGAUGACAACACAAACCGAGCUUUCUCCCAGCUUACUGGGUCCCUAAACACCCAGGAACUGGAGCUCAAUAGUGAUGCCACGAUCAACUUUGCUGCCAACCAUGCAUCUAACAAAGGCACGCUGUCAUUCACCAAAGAUGGCCUGACCACUAGCUGCACCACCAGUGCUCAGAUCAGCUCUGUAACCUUUGAAAACAUUUUCCAUGGUGGAGUUACAACUACAGGUGCUACAGUGUCUGUCUCCAGCAAGGGUAAAGUCAAUGAGAACAGUGCUGAACUCAAAGUUGAAGGAAGACUUGCAAGUUCAGAGGUAUACCUAAACAGCAUGUACAAGGGUGACAUUUUCAAUGCCAACACUCGAAACAUGAUCACUUUCAAGCUGAAUGAAGAUGGUCUGAACCUCUCCAACAACUUGAUUGCUUCGCUUCAGGAGAUUAAAAUAGAAAACACAGACUCACUGAUACUUACCCUCAAAUCUCUGGCCAUCCAUUCUAAAUCUGACAGCUUCCUGAAUAAGAACAACUUCUACAAGCACAACAUUGCAGUGGACAUACAUGACUUUACAGCAUCUUUGAAGGCCGAAAAUGAUCUUAAAGUCAUUGGUAUCCAUUUCAGCAACAAGGCCCAGAUGAAGGCAGAGCCCUACAAGAUGGACGUUACUGGUACUCUGAAGGGGAUAUUUGGUGAAGAGGAAAUGAGACAUACAUAUGAGAUCAUGUAUGUUGACCAGACAGCCACUGCAAAGUGCAGCACCAAUGGGAAACUCUUGGGCAGUCAAAUGACUCAAAGCUCUGAGUUUGAGAUUGUUGGCUUUUCCACAAAGUUCGGCAAUGAGGUGCGCUUCAACUCUCCCUCUCUCCGACUGGAAAGCAACAUCCUAACAAAAGCAGAACCUUUCAGUGUGAAUGUUGAGAGCUUCUUCAACUCUGAUGGAGCACUUAACCUGUAUGGAAAACACAGUGGCCAGGUGAAAAGCAUGUUGCUCCUUCAAGCUGAACCUAAGUCAUACUCACACAAGUAUGAAUGGAAGGCCUCAACCUCUCACCAGCUGAACAAUGGAAACUCCAUUAAAACUAACUUCCAGCAUAAAAUAACCAGUGCUAUCACCCCUCAGCAGCAAAAGUUUAACAUCGAUAUGGAGUCUAAGCUAAAUGACCAUGCCUUUGACCACUCCCUGGAAAUCUUCAACACUCCAAACAACAUGGGUAUUGCACUGAAAGGCACCGUGUCCACCAACCUCUUGAACAAAGUCAAUGACAAUCAAGAAUUCGGCAUCACAAGUGCUCUGAAAUAUGAGAAGAACAGUGAUAGUCAUUUUAUUUACCUGCCUUUCAUUGAUAAGCUGCCUGUUCUCAUAGAGGAGGUCAAAAUUGCAAUGCUCACCAUGAAAGAUCGUAGCAUUGACCUGCUUGAUAGCAUUGAUACUAAAUAUGACAUUACAGCCACUUUUAAAAGCAAAGGAAAUGAACUUUCACAGGUAAUUGAAAAAUUUGAUGUGGACAUGUUCUUGGAUGAUGUGAGACUUUUUGCCUCCAAUAUGACAGCUGUAGUAAUGGAAAUGGGCAAAAACCUGCAACCUAUCAGGGACUUGAUCGACAUUUUGGGCCAAAAAACUGGCAUUAUCACCAAGAUAAAUGAAAUUGUCAACAAAAUUGAUGAGGUUUUGGCAGAUUAUGAGAUUGAGGCAAUGGUUGAGAAAAUCAUUGAUGAUGCUGUGGAUUUAAUGAAACAAUAUGAGCUAAGGGAAACUAUGCAAUCAGCUGCAAGUUACCUAAACUCUCUUGACAUGAAACCAGUAUUUGAAAGAAUCUUUGAACAAAUUAAUGAGCUGACAAAAUUACUAAAUACCAAAGUCAAUGAAAUGAUGUCUUAUGAUUUUGAUACCUUGGCUGAUGAAGUAAAGCAGAUGGUCACUGAUCUCAUUAGGGUCCCAUGCUUUGGAAUGCUGCAUGGUGAAAUUGAAAUCAAAUCCUCAGAGCACAUUCUGAAGACCAGUGCUGAACUUAAUAACUCAACAGACAAGUUCACUGCUAACCUGAAUUCUCAGUUCCAGACUCCUAUUGAUCUCUUGGCUUACACCUUUGAUGCCACUGCUCACCUUAGCAUUCCCAGAAUGAAAGAGCUGUCUCUGACUGAGACAGUGAAGGCAAAUCACAUGGCUUUCUCUCUGGAUCAUGAGGGAUUAAUAUCCAUCAAUGGCCCUAUUGCCCAGGUAUCUUCCAAGACCACAGCUAAGGCAACCACAGAGCCAUACACUGCUGACUUAGUGAACAAUGCAUUUCUGAGCACAGAGAAUGGCUUUUCAGGUACUCUGGAGACCUCUUACAUCCACAGUGUGAACAUGCCAGUGGCCAACAUCUUCAGUGAAGCCACAAUGACCCAAAAAGCUGCUGUUCAGUUGGAAUCUGGCAUAAUCACUUUCACCCUUGGAAAUAAUGGCAAAGGAAAAUUGUCUAUCUUUGAUUAUUCUGAUGAAGGAACCCACAAGAGUAACUUGGAGAUUCUGAUGAACGUGGAGUCCAUAAAACUGACUUUUGAUGGUGACACUGAGAGCAGUCUUCUCAAGAUGAAGCAGAAAGUUGAUGCUGAGAGUAGAGGUCUGACUCAGAUCAAGUUUAAUGUGCAUGCAGAGACAGAAACUCCUUUCAUCAAGAGAAGCAUUGCAGCGGUGAAAGGGCAGAUUAGUUUGAAGGAACCCAUGGUUGAGCUGAGUGGGUCUCAUGAUGCUGAACUGAUUGGGAAAGUUGAAGGCACCAUUACCAACUCAGUUAACUUCAAGGCUGUGCCUUUUGAAAUUAUCUUUGACACCAAGAAUAAGAAAAACACCAAAGUAAUGCUUCCCUUUAGGUUGUCCAGUGAAGUUGAUUUGCAGAACGAUAUGGUUUUAACUCUGAAUCCCUCUGUGCAGCAGGCCAGCUGGAUCAGUCUUGCUAGGUUCAAUCAGUAUAGAUAUUCUCAUUACAUUAGUAUGGCUAACGAUGAGCAGGAAAUCCAGUUCUCUGCAUCAGUCAAUGGUGAGGCUGACUUUAAUGUGCUGACCAUGCCAAUUAACAUUCCUAAAUUGACUGUCCCAUUCAUUAACAAAGAAACACCGUAUGUAGAGAAAUUUUCUUUAUGGGAGGACACCGGCCUUAAAACAAUCUUGAUCACACCUCAGCAGACCUUUGAUAUGGAUGCAAAGCUUAAGUAUGUGAAGAACCCUGAGAUGUUCAACAUGCAACCAGUCCUCAAUUCUGUCAUUAGGAAAAUUAAAAUACCCAUUUUCGCAACUGCCAAGACCACAUCUGAUACAUAUGACUGUCCUUAUUUUGCUAAGAUCACUCUUCCCAGUAUUAAGGAAUCAAUAAUGAUCCCUGUCAUGGGAGACCUGACCUAUGACUUCACUGUGAAAACAGCUAUGAUCAUUAUGAAGACAAAGGCUGAGAUCCUUAAUCAGGAUGAAACUGCUGCCCAGUUUGAAACUCAGGUUAGCUCUGAGUUUGGUUUAAUCAAUGGGAAAACCAGUGGCUCUGCCACCUUCAACAUGAAUUCCGGGAUGAAAUUGUUUACCAAUCUAAUUGUGGAGCAUAAAUAUUUUGAGAACAAUUAUAAUGGAGUUCUUGAGACCAACACAGAAGUCUCAAAGGCUGUUAUUUCAAAUGCUGCCAAAGUAAAUCUGCCAGAUGUGAAAUUGAUGCUUUACCACAAAUUAACUGGGAAUACAGAAGAAGGUCUUACUGUCUCUGUAUCUUCCCCAUCUGCUGGACUCCUUGGUCUUCAGCUGCAGAGCAAGAGCUUAUCCCACCAUACAGGAAGACUUUUUGGUGCAAACCCAUCUGAGGAUUACGUGGACAUUCUGAAGGUUGACAUUGCAAUAAAGAACUCAAACAGACUGAGCUUCCAGACACAGUGGAACAAGGAGCUCCCUAGUCAAAUUACUUUGUGGCUGAAGAAGAAAGUUGCUUCAUUAAAGGACAAAGUAACAUAUUUCAUCACUGCAAUUUAUGAUGACAUCAGCAGGAAGUACGAGAAGCUAGAAAGUACCAUUGAUGACUGUCUGAAAGAACUGCCUGAAAUCCUGAAAUUAAGUAUGGAGAAAGCAGACGAGCUCAUCAACUCUAUCAAAUUUCAAGAUCUGGACAAGCUCUCAUCCUGGAUCAGUAAAGUUUUCUCUGAAACUGUCAACUCCAACAUUCUAAAUGAAAUAGCUGAGAAGGCUGAGAAGACCAGCAGAAUUAUUGAAGACUACUAUAAAACUGUCAAAGCCAAGGCCCAGGACUUUUUUUGCUGAGAUGACCCUUGAGCAACUGAUUGACGACAUCCAGGCUUGGAUUGAAUCUAGUAUGACUCGACUGGAAGUUCUAAUGAACCAAAUUAUUGAGACCCUCAAGGAUGCUAAGAAUAUUCAGUCCUAUGUGAGACUGAACGACACAGAAAUGAACAUUGACAUUCCUAUUCCAUUCCAUUCAUAUGGGAUUUUUUCAGUAGAAUGAUUUCACAUCCUUGUAUCAAGACACUAGUAGCUAAACUUUGCCAAGAGAAAUGAUCAAGAUUGCCUUAUUAAAAGUGUUAUGCCCACAAAAUAUUUGUCCAAGCUGCUUUGGUUCCCUCUUUUUGUUUUUUAACUAAUUUAGAAUAGUUUUUUAAAGAA